AUGUUAGGAUUUGACAUUUCAAGGCUUCCUCAAACCGAAGAUGAUAUCGACUUUUCUGAUAUCGAAUCAAAAUAUCAAGUUCCUUAUGAAGAAGGUUUUGAUACAAUUAUUGUUGUGGAUAAUGUUCCGAUAGUUGACGAAAGCAAACAAGACAAAUUAUUAAAAUUUAUAAAGAAAAUUUUUAAGAAUGCUGGAGAUAUUAAAGAAAAUGGAAUUAAUAUGCCAAUGGACGCUGAUCCGGCAACUGGAAAGUUGGCUUCUAAAGGAUAUCUCUUCAUUGAAUUUGAAACACCCGAACAAGCAAGUCUGGCUAUAAAAAAUUAUGAUAAUUAUUCAAUGGAUAAAACGCAUUGUCUUGCUGUAAAUAGAUUUACAGAUGUUGAAAAAUAUUCAGUAAUUGAAGAAGAAUACAAAGAACCUGAAGAAGAAAAGUUUGUUGAAAAAGAACAUUUAAGAAGCUGGCUUACGGAUCCGCAAGCACGUGAUCAAUUCGUGCUUUAUCGUGGAGAUGAUGUGAGCAUUUUCUGGAAUAAGAAGGCUGAACCUCCAGAAGAAGAGCAUAAACGUGUUAAUUGGACUGAAACAUAUGUUCAAUGGUCACCCUUGGGAACUUACUUAGCUACAUUUCAUCGUCAGGGGAUUGCUUUAUGGGGAGGACCUAGCUGGAACAAGAUCAUUAGGUUCGUUCAUCCUGGCGUCAAACUGAUAGAUUUUUCGCCCAAUGAACGCUUUCUCGUUACAUGGAGUAAUGAGUCUAUUUCUCUCGGGCCAAAUGGUGGCAUAGGUUCUCCAUUUGGACCUGAAGAUGAAGGACAUCAAAUUAUUAUAUGGGAUGUUUUAACUGGAAACCUUUUGCGUUCAUUUCCUUCUUCAACGUCGACUGAUGGUGCUCCUAAUAAAAUCACAUGGCCAAUGUUUAAAUGGUCUCCAUCAGACAAAUAUUUUGCCAGGGUUACGCCAAAGCAACAGAUUUCUGUAUAUGAAACACCCUCAAUGGGAUUGGUUGGAAAGAAAAGUAUUAAAGUUGAAGGAGUAGAAGAUUUUGAGUGGGCUCCUGCUUCUGAUAAAAAAGAAAAACAGAACGCAAGUGACAAAAAGAAUAGUGAGGAAAUGCUAAGUUACUGGACACCUGAAAUUGGUAAUCAACCUGCUCGCGUCACUUUAUUAAACAUUCCAUCCAAAGAGAUUAUACGAACGAGAAAUUUGGUUAAUGUUAAAGACUGUAAGAUGCAUUGGCAAUCAAAUGGAGAUUUCUUGUGUGUUAAAAUUGAUCGGCACACAAAAACCAAAAAAUCCACUUUCGCAAACCUUGAAAUAUUUAGAGUCCUUGAGAAAGAUAUCCCCGUUGAAGUCAUUGAGGUUAAGGAUACUGUGAUUGCUUUUGCAUGGGAACCUAAGGGUGAACGUUUCGCAAUUAUUACAACAAAUGACCCUAAUUAUGGACAGUCAACACAAGGUGUGAGAACUAAUGUUUCAUUUUAUUAUCUUGAGAAACCUAAACCUGGUAAAGGUGGAGACAAAGUUAGCACGGCUAACUUUAAGCUAAUUAAAACAUUGGAAAAGAAAACUUCUAAUGCCAUUUAUUGGUCACCGCGCGGGCGACAUGUAAUUUUGGCAACUCUUCGUUCAACAGCUGUAUUUGACUUGGAGUUUUGGGAUUUGGAUUUUGAUACAAUUGGUGAUCAAAAGGAAGGAUCAAAAAAUGAUCCAGCUGCUUCUAUACAGCUAAUGUCUACUCAGGAACACUACGGUGUUACAGAUAUUGAAUGGGACCCUACUGGACGUUAUGUAAUUACUAGUGCUAGUUUUUGGAGACAUUCGAUGGAAAAUGGAUAUUCUUUAUGGGAUUUUAAAGGAACACUUUUGCAAAAACAAUUGUUAGAUAAGUUUAAGCAAUUGUUAUGGAGACCUCGUCCAAAGAGUCUAUUAUCGAGUGAGGCUAAAAAGAAAAUCAAAAAGAACAUAAGAGAUUACUCUAAGGCUUUUGAAGAAGAAGACGCUCUUGCACAAACUUCGGUAUCUAAAGAAUUAUUGGCACAUCGUCGUCGCCUUGUUGAUGAAUGGAAUGCUUGGCGUAAACGUGUUGAAAAGGAAUUAGCUGAAGAAAAAGAAAGAGCAGGCGUGCAAAUUAUCCCUAGAAGAUAUGAUGAUGAGAAAGUGGAAAUGAUUGAAGAAUGGAUUGAAGAAGUUGUAGAAGAAACCGAAGAAAUUGUUGAGGAUUAG